AUGUCAACUAACCUACCAGAGAUCUCUGGCUCCAGAUCUCCGGAAGGCCGAAGCCUGAAGAAGAACUCUGUGAAUUCGAAGUUCUUGCCCACCUCACAGGCUCGCUUUGGUUACCUUGGUCAUUUGUGCCUUCACAACUCCAAGGAUGACCCAGCAGAAGCUUUGCGAAAUAUUACCGCCCUAGAUGCUCCAAGCUUUCUGCCUAAUGUCAUGACGCUGCAGCGCGCGUCGACGCCGUGGCAAUACAAUACGCCCUGCCGAACUUUGGAGGCAGCCUGCGCCGAUGAAUCGGCACAAGGCCAGCUUGUCGCACCUGUGUUCAAGUCCUUGUCGCCCUCGAGAGGUGGAGGCAGCCAAAUGCUGAAGUCCACCAGCAAAAAGGCGAUUUCAUCUCAGGCACCAAUGCCUGCGAACUAUGUCCGGAGGAUUCGUCGGAAAGCGCAGCUGUCCAGAAGUGCUAACGACCAUAGGCAACAGAUAGCCGACUUAAAAAUGUUGGCUGACUCUGCCAGCCGCUCCGGCAACGUUUACCAGGCUUUACAGGCCUAUCACAAGAUGGGGGUCGUCUUCGACAACCAGGCCAUGUAUCCGGAGGCCGUCCAGAAGUACAAGCAGUUCUUGGCCUUGUGCAUCACCUCGAAGAACACUCAGGGUGAGGUAUCAGUUAGCAUCACCUUUCCUGAGGGAUACGUGGGCAAGCAGAAGCUAGACACCAGCUUCCAGGUGGACGCGGACGGAGCAAAGACACAAGUUGGUGUGCUUGAUCACUUGGCCAAGACUGCCGAGAAGUUCGAAACGACCCGCAGCCAUGCCAGCCAUGCACUCACGGAGGAAUGCAUGCCCUUGCACAGCAAGCUUGAGGCACUCAGGGUCAUAGCAUCGAGUGGAAGGCCCAGUGAUGAGAAGCCCUUCUGUAAGCAGCAGUCUCGAGAUUUUGAUGAAACCACAGUGUGCUCUGAUCUGGACGACCUGGUGACAGCCACGUGCUCCCUGAAGACGACUGCCAGCACCCAGUCAGGUCUAGGCGAGAUGCUCGAGUUUCAGGUGGCUCCUGAGGAUGAUGUUCCACCAGAAGUUCCCAUCUGUGCUGGGGAGGUCUUGGCAACUCCAGCUCGCUGUGCGAGGGACACCUAUGCCAGCACCCGGAACCAGCCCAUCAUCAUUAGGUCCAUUGCUGAGUUAGGUGAAGGCUGCUCAAGUGAGCCGCAGAGUCCCAAACCUUUUGAUCCUGAUGUGUGGUUCGAGUUCCGUUCAUCGGCGAUGUCAGAGUGCACGGCCAGUGUGGGCAUCAGCUUCGCCAUACGAAGCAUGGCCUAUCAGGUGAGACUUUCUAGUUCCGAGCAGAGGCCAGCACUGCCCCAGACACUGGUGGAGCUGGUAUGCCGAUAUAGAUGGCAAGCGCUGCAAGGGCAGUACGACGAAGCAAUCCAGUACCACAACAAACACUUGGAGCUGGCAGAUGGCACAGGCCGUCUCAUAGCGCACACAAACCUGGGCAUUGUCUUCCAGGCCAUGGGGCUGUCCGAGCAUGCCGCCAUCCAUCAUCAGCAUGCGAUUGAGUAUGCCAACCGCAUGGGCUCCAAGGAUGCGCAGUGCUUCACCGUGGGCAACUUGGGCAUCGCAUCUGCAGCUCAAGGUGACUUACAGACAAGCCGAAUCUGCUUGCAGUAUCACCUGAGCUCGGCACAGCGCCAGAAAGCAGCCGCAGCGGACAAUAAGUUUGCGCAGCAUACCCUCAAAGAGGUGAGCAAGAGUGCGUAUCAUCGGCUCGGGCAGGUGAAUGCAACAGAUGGUCGCUUCGAUGAAGCGGCAGACCAUUUCGCAAAGGCGAUGGAGGAGCCCAAUUCUGCCCUUGCGCUUGCAUUCGUUGAUUGCCAAGUCACCCUGAUCGCGACGCUCCGGAGGCUGUGGCUCAAUGAAGGUGUUAGGAGACGACGAAUCACAAAGUCGGUUUUAUUCAUGCCUUGCAACGUGCUUGCAGUGUGUAGUGUAGUCACUUCGUGCUAA